AGGCAGUGGAGGCACAGCGAACAGACCUCGAAAGCUCCGAAGAAUCGAAAGUUUAAUCACAGUUCAUAGUGUUUAAUGCACAUUUUUUUGUUCAUGUAUGUAAGAUAUUCCGAACUUACUAAUAAGAAAUUAUCAAAGAAUACCAAUUAUCAUCAAACUUUUCCCGCUGGAAACGGAUGUAUAUAAGCGAUAAAUAUAGCUGGUGUUUCUACUGAUCUUCCAGAAAUGGGGGGCUGUAAAUGCACUUAUAAAAAUUGUGAAAAUACUACAAAAACUACAGAAAAUGUGCAUUUUUUUCAUUAUCCAGUGAAAAACAAGGAAAGAUGUAAAGCAUGGAUUGUCAAUGCAAGUAAACCCCAGUUCUGUGAUCUGGAAGAAGAACAACUUCGCAACAAAGUAAUUUGUGAGUUGCAUUUUGAAAAUAAAUGGUUUCCAAAUAGUCAAAAGAAACGAUUACUUCAGGGUGCAAUACCUACUGUAGAUGCUGGCUGUACUGAUGAAGAAGAAACAGAACCUCCAAUGUAUGUAUCACCAGAAUUGCAAGAUAUUCAAAUUCUACCUGCCAAUUCAGAUGGUACCUUAUUUAUAUUAGACACUGAGUCAAUGUUCUGCAGAUCUUCUAAUAAAGUUGAAUCUUAUGUUUACAAGAAUGGAAUGAUUGUUCCCUCUAAUCAGGCUCCAAAGCAUGAGUUUAAGCAAAUCACAUCUCGGGCUAGACCUUCCACUAGCCAAUUUAGUAACAAUGUGAGUGAUUCUUACACUCUAUUUUCUAAUUCAAUUAAGCAUGAAGAAAUGAUAGAUACUUCUUCAAUAAAAACUGAACAGCCAGACUAUCUUGAAAACCAAAACAGAUUUCAGACACAGAGAAAUGGUUUGCAAAGUGUGCAAGAGAACAUGGAUUUAGAGUUUGAGCAAAAUGAUGAGAUACAUUCAUCAGAGAUAUCCUGCAGAAAAAAUUUGCAAAGUCCAGGCAUGAUAAAAAGUUUGCCUAUAAAGAAUGCUGUUCCAAACCCUGCCCUUGGAAGGAAUUAUCUUCGUAAGAUCCAACAACAUAGUAGAGAUAUUGCAUCUAUAAAAAAAAUGUUGAGACAGAAGGUAUCAACUGAAACCAAGCCAAAUACAAAUAUAAUACUUAAUUCUAUGAAGGAGCAACUUCCUCCCACAUUUUUUACCCUGUUAAACUUGAACUUGAAUAACAAAUGUGAACUGACUGAUGAAGAUGUGGAUUUCUUCACAACCAUUCACAAAACUUCACCUGAGGUAUACCAGUUAUUAAUUGAUAAAUAUAGAUGGAAUUUGCCAGGUGUAGAUAUUGUAGAAGCAGUAGAAUGAGUGUUGAUUGAUUGUAUUUAUUACCCAUAGGUUUUGUAAAUUUGAGUUGAGAAUUAAGUCAAGAAUAUGAUAGGUAUCCAAUAUUAAUGGUAAUUUUAUAAUACAUUUUCAACUGAAUGCCUACACAUUGCUUUGAAUCUACAACAUGUGAAUCCUAAUUAUUCAAGAUAAUGUGCAAUAUAGGUAUGUGCUUCCCUAUUCACAGCUAAAUUCUCCCUUUAUUUCACUGAAUUUAAUUUCCUCCACUCACUAUUAUGAUUCAUCAAGACUAGACAUUUUUCAUUUUCGAUUUUUGAGGUAUAACUUCAACCUGAGUGAAAAAGUUGACAUAUCUCUGUUCAAAUAUGGUUUGUGAUUUGAUUUAAACAAUAAAAAUUCUUCAUUUUAACUUCACUGAACAGCCAAAUUAAUACAGGAGCAUAAUUGUACAUAAAAUUUGAAAUUAUUAUUUCUCCCAACAGCAAAAUUAAUACAGGAGCAUAAUUGCCUAUAAAGUUUGAAAUUAUUAUUUCUCCCCUUAGUCCCUUCACAUUUUAUGCAGGGUGGGGCAGGAAGAACUCUCCGAUUUGGAAACCAUCUAUAGCAACAUAUGGCAUUUUCAAUGUGUAUUCUAUCCACCUUGCACUGUGUAAAACAUGACUUGGGACAGUACCACCACGAAGCACUUUCAUCAUUGAAGAGUUUAUUCAUAAUGAUGGUUCAUUGGAAAUGGUGGUACUUGCUGGAUUUAACCCCAUCUGAUUUUUGUCUUUGGGCCUACCUCAAGGAUAAAGUGAAUCAAUAUCGUCCCCAAUCUCUAGAAGAUCUUUUGGAGAGGAUAUUUUUGCCAUUCUGUGUGGAAUGAUCCACAGAGUGAUGGAACAUUAUCAGUAUCUACCACCACCAAUUAUUUGGAAAAAAAUUCCAAUGAAUUUUAAAUCCACUAUCUUGUGGAUAUUGCUCAACGGAAUUGAAAGUAAAAUAGACCUAUCGGAGAUUUAAAAUACCUCUCUAACAUAGGUAUAAUUGUGCUCUCUUGCGGAUAUAGCUCAGAAAAAUAGACCAUUGUAUAAAGAAUUGAAAUACCUCUCUAAAAAGGUGUAUCUUGUAACUGUAAAAAAAUUUUGAAGAGUUGAUCUUUAGGGCAGGAAGUUAACAGGUGGUUGGAGGUUUUUAUGUAAAAAAAUUAAUUUUCAAAAAUGAGAAUCGUCCUGUUCAAGAGGAUCUACAUAUUUAAGUAUCUUAUUUAUAUUAUGGAAAUACUGAUUAUAUUCCAUAUAAUUUUCCUCACUUUGUAAAGUGUUAAUGAAUAUAUACUAUAUAAG